ACCGAAGGCAUUUUUCGACUGGUGCUUCCACGUGUAUCCCAGCAAGAUUUGACUAAUUCCCUAGGGCCUUGGUUUAACGUAUCUCUAUACGAAGAAGAAUUAGAAAAGAUGGCGGCACUCACUACUAGUAUAUUAAUUUAUAUACUUCUUGCUAGCGGGAAAGUCGACAGUGCCAUCGAUAAUAUAGAACCUAUGACAAGGAAGGUUGGAGAAUUCGUGGAUUUUCUUUGGAAUGCCUCUUUAACUCCAAUCAUCGGUUCACAAUGGGGACUUCCAGAUCCAUCUGGGGAUGAUCCUCCCAAACCUUUGUUUGUUAGUACACGGAUUACCUCAAGUAAUGCAGCAUUUAGUAUUGACCCAGAGUAUAAGGACAGAGUCCAUUUCAUCGGUGAUCUGUGGAUUGGUCAUGCAUGGUUUAGGCUGACCGAUUUGAAAACCAGCGAUACAAACCAGUACAGAGCAACAAUGCAUGAAAAUGGCGGAAUUAGUUUGCCCUUUACAGUGUCUCAUAGUGUCUCUAUUAACUAUGAGUGUCUUUAACAGUUCUUGCUUAAGGUAAUUUAAGAAGUUAUAGUUUUUUAUUGUUCUUGGACCUAGAAAUGAGGAGGGUGCAAACCGGCAGGUACAUAAAACACAGCUCAGAAAAUUCAUACUGAAAGUUAAAACUGCAGGUCAGUUAUAAGUCUAUGAAAAAGGAUUUUAAUAAUACAUUUUACCUCAUGUUGUGAUGCCGCUUCUAGACUGUUCAGUACUCACUCAUCUCGAUAAAUGAGGCUGUAAUUAACAGAGCCACACGAAUCUAAUUGUCUUUAUUAGCUUUCAAUCAACUUAUACGGCACUGCAAUUAAAAGAGAUUAUAGCCAUCUCGCCGUGACGGUUGUCACGCAAUAGACGCAAAAUA